AGUGCGUUCUGCUCUUUCAAUUGCCUCUUAUCUCAGCUCCUGGGACCUCUGUGUAUUUACGAUUGAUUGUUUUCCCUCCAUCUCCUCCUUUGUGGAGAAGAGGUCAGUCUCCCUCAGGCUUGCUCCCCUUUGCCACAGUUUUCAUCUCCCUUACAUCUAAACUGUGAAGAUGGAAGGGGUCCAACCCCUGGACCAGAAUGUGGGAAACACGCCAGGGCGAAGAUUCCAGAAGAACAAGGUAUUGCUGGUGGCAGCCAUAAUUCAGGGGCUGGGUCUGCUCCUGUGUUUCACCUACAUCUGCCUGCACUUCUAUGCUUCUCAGGUGCCGCCUCAGUAUCCUCCAAUUCAAAGUAUCAGAGUACAAUUUACCAGGUGUGAGAAUGAGAAAGGUUGCAUCAUCACAUCCCCAAGCAAGGAUGAAACUAUGAAGGUGCAAGACAACUCAAUCAUCAUUAACUGUGAUGGGUUUUAUCUCAUCUCCCUGAAGGGUUACUUCUCUGAGGAGCUCAGCCUCAGCCUUUAUUACCGAAAGGGUCGGGGACCCCUCUUCUCUCUGAGCAAGGUCACAUCUGUUGACUCCAUUGGAGUGGCCUAUCUGGCUUUCAAGGACAAAGUCUACUUUAAUGUGACCACUCACAGUACCUCCUACAAAGACAUCCAGGUGAAUGGUGGGGAAUUGAUUCUCAUUCAUCAAAAUCCUGGUGGCUUCUGUGCCUACUGAGGACCUGAGGGCUGCACCUAAGCCAAGCACCAGCAUGAACACUGAACUGGGCUUGGACAGGACUCUGAUUCUUCCUUGGGAGUGGAGAAGUUGUCCUAACUAGCCCCCACAUAUGGCCACACGGGAUGUGACCAGAAGCAGAUCCCCCAACUCAGGGAUAUUUAAAACUUAUUUUACACCAAUUAAUUUUAUUUAUCCUCAUGUCUUCUAAGUCACCUAUCCCUCAUCCCUCAUGGUUGCCUCAAGCCUACUAGACACCUCUACAAAAAUGAGAAAAUAGGUGCUUCUUCCUUAAAGCACAUUAUUUCUAUUAGUCAGGAAAUUGUCAGAAUAACCUUUCUUUUGAAAAAGACACUUGACUACCAUUUGCUGGAAAUUUGACAUCUGGCUUUGUCAAAAUGAAGAGGACCAAGGAAGGGGCUAUGAAUCUGCCAAAGGUGGUGUGGACUAACCCUUGGCAGCCAAAGCUGUCUCUCCAAGAUGAAAUUAGUUGCUGUUUGCAUAGUGCCUAAAUACCUCUCUCAUUUGGUGGAGGAAAAUCUUGAAAAUAGCUGUCAGGACUUGAAGACAGCAAGCUAAGGAGUACUCUGUGCUCUGGGCUUUUUUUCUUUACUACUUUGCUUGCUUUCCCAGCCUCUAAUGUUCUUAACAGAAAUUUCCCUUCAAAGAAUCAUUCUGGGGAUGUGAUGCUGUGAAAAAUCUAAUCAGUCAUUUUAGAAAAACUGAGAGAGAUUUUUCCAAGUUGGGAAAGUGAGAUAAUUUAUCAUGAGGGUUAUCUUUAUCGCAUAGGAGAGCAGUAAAACUAGACAUCUCAGGGUAAAAGUCAGUAAGAAUUUAAAUAGUCUGGGAAGGAAAACACGUUUUUGCCACCGUUAGGCAAAGCAACACAUGCACAUGUGUGCAUUUUCUCACUUAAUGCUGAGAUACACACACAGCCCUAUUUCUUGUACAUGUAUACCACAUUGCUAGUUUAAAAAAUGAAGCAAUUCUGUUCUUGAAUGCAACUUUAUGUUGAGACACUGAGAAGUUAUUAUGUUAUAUGAAAAAUGACAUCUGUCUAGAAACACUGUAAUAUUGCAUAUGAUUUAAUACUGAUAAAGACUAGAAUGACCAAUAAUCAGCAAUACCAAUGAGAAAAAAAUAUCCCUUUAUUUUUAGUUUAAAUAUCCCUCUUGAUGCAUCAGGCUUAUGGCACUGUAGACAAAUUUCCAGAUGAUUUGUAAAUUCUCAAAUUUUUGAUAAAUUUUUUAACGGCAAAUGGAUUUCCUCCCAUUCUAAAUAGAGUGCAUAACAUAACAUAGACUAUUUAUGGAUAAUUCUGUGUUAUCACAGUGAUGUAUUGUGCUGCAGUAUAGUGAUACCUUCAGGAUCUCCAGAAAGGGGGUAAAUAGUUUGCCCCUGCACUAAAUGGUCUCAAUUACGUUUGGAUUUUUUUUUCUAUGUAUUUAACACAGUUUCCACUUCCUCUUAAGUGUUUAUUUAUCUCCAACUAUAUUCCUGCCCCUUUAUUUUCAUCUCUUAUGGAAAGAAGCUAAACAAAGAUUCAUCAUGAAAAGAAGCUAAAUAGGAGAAAUUGUGCAAAAGAGUGACAAGCUCUGAGUGGCUGGCAAGGCACUCACAUAAUAAUAAUCAUGAUCAUGAUCAUAAUCAUAGAUAAACAUUAAUGGAGGGUCUGCUUUGGGCCAGGCUUUGGGCUAAAUGCUUUACAUGAAUUGUUCUGAGCAAGAUAUUUUGUGAUAUUUGUCUUGACCAUUCAGAGGAUUUAAAUUGUGUGUGUGUGUGUGUGUGUGUGUGUGUGUGUGUGUAUUUCUUUGUUAUUGACUAUGGUCUGCAAAGUUGAAGCUAUUCAAUGGGUGAUAUCUAAUAAGUAAAUGUUUGUGACUAUAGAUAAUAUUUAAGAAAAUAUGUAUUUACUUUUUAAACUUUGGAAUUUCUAAUUAUACUUCUCCCGAACAUGUACAUUCCAGGCCUAUGUAUGCAUAGCUGUUCUGUGGGUUGUCUGUUUUUGUUGUUAUGAUCCUUCUUCACAGAUGCCUACUCCUUUUGGGUACACAUGGUUUGCUCUUCCCAUGCUUGCCUCUUUUGGCCAUGCAGGGAUUUUGUUGUUGUUGUUGUUAUGCACCAGCUUCACUUCCCACCCCCCACUUCCAUCCAUCAAAAUAUACAUGUCCCUUUUAAGUCAUUCCUCCAGAAAGAUAAUUAAACAUUCUCCAGACACAACAAAGUUUUGUAGAAAAAGAACUGAAUGAGAAGUCAGAAAAUUGAAAAUCUAAUUUGAUUCAGUCAGUAACUUGCUAAGUGACCUUAGGCAAGUAAUUUCCCAUUUUUGAAUCCUGCUUUCCUCUCUUGUUAAGAGAUUUUAGAAUCUUAUGCUCAUAGUGCUGUGAAUGUACAUAAUAAAUGUCUGUGUUGCUGGUUGCCAGUUGCUCUGAGUCAAGAUGUAUAGCUUUCUCUCAUACUGCGUGGAAUUUUUUUCUUAGAUAAACAUCUUGCCUUAGCCUUCUGGAUGGUUCCUUCAAAAGCAGUUCCAAUUGUUACUUAGUAACUUUCUAUUUAGAGGAUAACAUAAGGGAGUCUGAUCUUUAUCCAAAUCAUAAUUUGUUCUUAAGCUUACUGGGCAGGUCCCCUAUUUUAAGCCAUGAUUUUGUAGUUAGUGCUUAUUCUGGCUCUCAGGAAGUAUUAAUAUUGAUAUUAAUAA